AAUUGCUGGGACAUCCGGAAGUUGUCAAAUUUAAAAGUUCUGACUCACUCCCCAAUGUCUGAUGCCUCUAUCGGUUUUGACUACAAAUCCCCCUCCCCGUUUGACCGCAGCACCGAUCAGGAAGAGAAAAUCGAUGAUGUUGCCAGUCACUGUCUGCCCCAGAAGGACCUGUUUGCUGCUGAAGAGGAAGCAGAGACCCUUUUUCCUCGGAAAAUGACAUCCCAUAGUGGGCUGGAGGACAGCGGAGGAGGUGGCACUGGAGUGAAGAAGAAACGGAAGAAAAAGGAUCUGGGAGAGCAAGAGGGGGCAGCAAAGGGAAGCAAGGACAGGGAGCCCAAGCCAAAGAGGAAGCGUGAACCUAGAGAGCCAAAGGAGCCCAGGAAGGCCAAGGAGCCCAGGAAGGCCAAGGAGCCCAAGGAGCCCAAGCAGAGGGAUGGAGCAAAGAAAGUGCGGAAGCCCCGGGAGGCCUCGGGCACCAAGGAGGCCAAAGAGAGGAGGAGUGGGGUUGACUCUGCAGCCAGGACGAAAUCCAGGAAGGCCAGCAAGGAGCAAGGACCAACCCCAGUGGAGAAAAAGAAGAAAGGAAAGAGGAAAAGUGAAGCCACAGUGGAGAGUUCAGAGCUGGAUCAGGGCGGGCUGAACCCUUCCCUGCGGAGCCCUGAGGAAUCCACUGAGUCUGCAGACAGCCAGAAACGACGCUCAGGACGACAAGUGAAACGCAGGAAAUACAACGAGGACCUGGACUUCAAAGUGGUGGAUGACGAUGGGGAAACAAUCGCUGUUCUUGGAGCCGGCCGGACAUCUGCCCUCUCGGCCUCUACCCUGGCUUGGCAGGCAGAGGAGCCUCCAGAAGAUGAUGCUAACAUCAUCGAGAAGAUCCUGGCAUCCAAGACUGUCCAAGAGGUUCACCCAGGAGAGCCCCCAUUCGACUUGGAGCUAUUCUACGUUAAGUAUAGAAAUUUUUCCUACUUACACUGUAAAUGGGCCACAAUGGAAGAGCUUGAAAAGGAUCCUCGCAUUGCACAGAAGAUCAAGCGAUUUAGGAAUAAACAAGCCCAAAUGAAGCACAUUUUUACUGAGCCUGAUGAAGACUUGUUCAACCCAGACUAUGUAGAAGUCGAUCGCAUCUUGGAGGUGGCCCACACCAAGGAUGCAGAAACUGGAGAGGAAGUGACGCAUUACCUGGUGAAGUGGUGCUCACUGCCUUACGAAGAGAGCACGUGGGAGCUUGAGGAAGAUGUGGAUCCUGCAAAAGUAAAAGAAUUUGAAUCUCUCCAAGUUCUCCCUGAAAUUAAGCACAUGGAGCGGCCUGCCUCAGACUCUUGGCAGAAACUCGAGAAGUCUCGAGAGUACAAGAACAGUAAUCAGCUCCGGGAGUACCAGCUGGAGGGAAUGAACUGGCUUCUUUUUAACUGGUAUAACAGAAAAAACUGUAUUCUGGCUGAUGAGAUGGGCCUGGGGAAAACCAUCCAGUCCAUCACAUUCCUUUCAGAAAUCUUCCUCAGGGGACUCCACGGCCCUUUCCUCAUCAUCGCCCCGCUGUCCACCAUCACUAACUGGGAGCGGGAGUUCCGGACUUGGACAGAGAUGAACGCCAUUGUCUACCACGGCAGCCAGAUCAGCAGGCAGAUGAUCCAGCAGUAUGAAAUGGUGUACAGAGAUGCACAGGGAAAUCCCCUUUCAGGAGUCUUCAAGUUCCACGUGGUCAUCACCACAUUUGAGAUGAUCCUGGCAGACUGCCCAGAGCUGAAGAAGAUUCACUGGAGCUGUGUGAUCAUCGAUGAAGCCCACAGAUUGAAGAAUAGGAACUGCAAACUUCUGGAGGGACUAAAGCUCAUGGUCCUGGAACACAAAGUACUUCUCACAGGCACGCCCUUGCAGAACUCUGUGGAGGAGCUCUUCAGUUUGCUGAAUUUCCUGGAGCCAUCACAGUUUCCUUCAGAGACUGCUUUCUUAGAGGAAUUUGGAGAUCUGAAAACAGAGGAACAGGUAAAGAAACUGCAGUCUAUCCUAAAACCAAUGAUGCUUCGGCGGCUGAAAGAUGAUGUGGAGAAAAACCUUGCUCCCAAACAAGAGACGAUCAUUGAAGUAGAGUUGACCAAUAUCCAGAAAAAGUACUACCGUGCCAUCUUAGAGAAGAACUUUUCCUUCUUGACCAAGGGCGCAAACCAGCACAACAUGCCGAAUCUCAUCAACACUAUGAUGGAGCUGAGAAAGUGCUGUAACCAUCCUUACCUGAUCAACGGGGCAGAGGAGAAAAUUCUGGAGGAUUUUCGAAAAACUCACAGCCCUGAUGCCCCUGACUUUCAGCUGCAGGCCAUGAUUCAGGCAGCAGGGAAGCUGGUGCUGAUUGAUAAACUGCUCCCUAAGCUGAUUGCAGGUGGCCACAAAGUACUCAUCUUCUCCCAGAUGGUGCGCUGUCUGGAUAUCCUGGAAGAUUACCUCAUCCAAAGAAGAUACACCUAUGAGCGAAUUGAUGGGCGAGUACGGGGAAACCUGCGCCAGGCAGCCAUCGACCGGUUCUGUAAGCCAGACUCAGACCGCUUUGUCUUUCUUCUGUGCACCAGAGCGGGAGGCCUGGGGAUCAAUCUCACAGCUGCCGAUACCUGCAUCAUAUUUGAUUCAGACUGGAACCCACAAAAUGACUUGCAGGCUCAGGCCCGAUGCCACCGGAUAGGCCAGAGUAAAGCCGUGAAGGUGUAUCGCCUCAUUACUCGGAACUCCUACGAGCGGGAGAUGUUUGACAAGGCCAGCCUGAAACUGGGUCUAGACAAGGCUGUUCUUCAGGACAUCAACCGAAAGGGCGGCACCAAUGGAGUACAACAGCUUUCAAAAAUGGAGGUAGAAGACCUGCUCCGGAAAGGUGCUUAUGGAGCCUUAAUGGACGAGGAAGACGAGGGCUCCAAGUUCUGUGAAGAAGACAUAGAUCAGAUUCUUCAGAGGAGAACGCACACCAUUACCAUCCAGUGUGAAGGGCAAGGAUCCACCUUUGCCAAGGCUAGCUUUGUGGCUUCAGGAAACAGAACAGAUAUUUCCUUAGAUGACCCAAACUUCUGGCAGAAGUGGGCUAAAAUAGCUGAACUGGAUACUGAAGCAAAGAAUGAAAAGGAAAGCUUAGUGCUCGACCGGCCUCGUGUGAGAAAGCAGACCAAACACUACAACUCCUUUGAGGAGGAUGAGCUCAUGGAGUUCUCCGAGCUAGACAGCGACUCUGACGACAGGCCCACGAGGUCCAGGCGCCUCAAUGACAAAACCAGACGCUACCUCCGAGCUGAAUGCUUCCGGGUAGAGAAGAACCUGCUCAUCUUUGGCUGGGGCCGGUGGAAAGACAUCCUGACUCAUGGGCGAUUCAAGUGGCAUCUGAAUGAGAAGGACAUGGAGAUGAUUUGCCGUGCCCUGCUGGUGUACUGUGUCAAGCAUUACAAGGGGGAUGAGAAGAUCAAGAGUUUCAUUUGGGAACUGAUCACACCUACCAAAGAUGGGCAGGCCCAGACCCUCCAGAACCACUCAGGGUUGUCUGCUCCAGUUCCCAGAGGGAGAAAGGGGAAGAAGACGAAGAACCAGCUGCUGCUCCCAGAGUUAAAGAAUGCAGACUGGCUGGCCACCUGCAACCCUGAGGUGGUCUUGCAUGACGACGGCUACAAGAAGCACCUCAAACAGCACUGUAACAAGGUACUUCUGCGCGUCCGGAUGCUGUACUACCUAAAAGCUGAAAUACUGGGAGAAGCAGCUGACAAAGCAUUUGAAGGAACUCCCUCCAGGGAGCUGGAAGUGCCUCUGCCUGACAUCGACUACGUGGAAAUCCCAGUGGAGUGGUGGGAUGCUGAGGCUGAUAAGUCCCUUCUGAUUGGUGUGUUCAAACACGGGUAUGAGAGGUACAAUGCCAUGCGAGCAGACCCCGCACUUUGCUUCCUGGAGAAAGUUGGGAUGCCAGAUGAGAAGUCCCUUUCUGCAGAACAGGGUGUUGCAGAUGGGACCUCAGACAUACCCGAAAGAAGUAACGUGGAGAAAGAAGAUAAUACUGAAGACAAAUUAGAUGGCCUUCAGAAACAAACGGAAAGUUCUGGUGAUGGAGGUGAUGGCAUUUUUGGCGAAAAGAAAGAUGACAGCCGGGCAGCCCAGGAUGGCUCCGACCCAGACAGAGCGCCCUGGCCAGUUCCGUCUGCUCUCACAGCUCGGCUUAGACGACUGGUCACCAUUUACCAGCGUUGCAACCGCAAGGAACUCUGCCGGCCUGAAGUUCUGGGGCCAGGUAACCAAGGAUACUGGGUCCAGGAAGAGAUGUUCAGGAGGACCUCAGAAAUGGAGCUCAUCAACAAGGAAGCUCAAAAGAGGUGGACUAGGAGAGAACAAGCCGACUUCUACAGAACUGUGUCUUCCUUUGGUGUUGUUUAUGAUGAAGAAAAGAAAACUUUCGACUGGACGCAGUUCCGCCUCAUCUCCCGUUUGGACAAGAAGUCGGAUGAGAGCCUUGGGCACUACUUCCACAGUUUUGUGGCCAUGUGCCGGAACGUCUGUCGUCUGCCCACGUGGAAAGAUGGUGGUGAGAAAACUCUGUCAGUAACAGGAGAUACCUCUGUGCAUGUUUACUGCCCUGCAGGGACUAUCGGGGGGUUUGUUCUGAGAUGCACUUCUGCUGAUGGCGUGGCUUCAUUUAUCCCUAGGAAAGUUCUGGUGAUGGAGGUGAUGGCAUUUUUGGCGAAAAGAAAGAUGACAGCCGGGCAGGAUGGCUCCGACCCAGACAGAGCGCCCUGGCCAGUUCCGUCUGCUCUCACAGCUCGGCUUAGACGACUGGUCACCAUUUACCAGCGUUGCAACCGCAAGGAACUCUGCCGGCCUGAAGUUCUGGGGCCAGGUAACCAAGGAUACUGGGUCCAGGAAGAGAUGUUCAGGAGGACCUCAGAAAUGGAGCUCAUCAACAAGGAAGCUCAAAAGAGGUGGACUAGGAGAGAACAAGCCGACUUCUACAGAACUGUGUCUUCCUUUGGUGUUGUUUAUGAUGAAGAAAAGAAAACUUUCGACUGGACGCAGUUCCGCCUCAUCUCCCGUUUGGACAAGAAGUCGGAUGAGAGCCUUGGGCACUACUUCCACAGUUUUGUGGCCAUGUGCCGGAACGUCUGUCGUCUGCCCACGUGGAAAGAUGGUGGUCCGCCAGAUCCCACCAUCUAUGUUGAACCCAUCACUGAGGAACGGGCUGCAAGAACUCUGUACCGCAUUGAACUGUUAAGGAAGGUCCGAGAGCAGGUGCUUAAGUGUCCUCAGCUGCAUGAACGCCUGCAGCUCUGCAGGCCCAGCCUCUACCUCCCGGUCUGGUGGGAGUGUGGAAAGCAUGAUCGAGACCUGCUCAUCGGCACCGCCAAGCAUGGGCUGAACCGCACCGAUUACUACAUCAUGACCGAUCCCCAGCUGUCCUUCUUGGAUGCCUAUAGAAACUAUGCCCAGCAUAAAAGAGCUGACACCCAGGCACCAGAAAGUCUCUGUUGCCUUUACCAGACCAACUCCAAACUGUAUGAAUCGCUUAGAUAUACUCAGAUGAGGAGAACUUCAGAGUCCCUUGAAAACGAAUCCGAGAAUCUAGUGAAACCAGAAGGUAGAGAUGAUCAUCUCAGCCCUCCUGGGGGCAGCUUAUCUGGUGUGACUUGUGAAAACUUCAUUGCUAAAGUUCAGGAUGUCAUUUCCAUCACUCACGACAGAAGUCUGGUGCCUGAGUCUUUGGAGAGCAUAAUGUGUGGCAGGAAGGUACCCAACCGAGAGCCAGACCCUUUUCAGCAGAGCCCAACUACCAACACAGAACCCAGGAGAGAUGCUGGUGCCCACUUAGCAAGCAGAGAUAGGGGCUGCCAGCCUGGAGGCCUGGAGGCAGAAAUAGCUUCAGACCCCUCUUUCAUGCGUAGUUUAGAAGCAGGCGUAGCUCAAAUGAACAUUAGAAAUGGAAAACAUCUGCUGAUGUCUCUCUCAAAGGAAGGGGAGCUCUGCCGCAGUGAGACGGGGCAGAUGCCUGAAAGCAUCGGGCAGCUAGAAGCCAAAUGCUUAGCCUCCCCUUCCUUGGAUCCAGGAAACGAAAGUGGAUUUGUAGAUAUGUGCAAUCUUAGUAUCUGUGACUCUAAAAGAAACCUGUCAUCAGAUCAGCAAUUAAUCGAUUUAUUAGAAAACAAUAGUUUUGAAAGUAAAUUGAUUCUGAGUCAGAACCACAGUGAUGAAGAGGAGGAAGAGGAGGAAAAUGAGGAGGAAAACUUAGACUUGGCGGCAGGCAUGAGGGACAGGCCAGGGGUUUUGCAUCUAACCGAGCCCACUGCUAAUAUCCCAAGGGAGAAGAGCCGAGGCUCCCGACUAGGUGCAGCUGAGAAAGGAAGCCUGGGGGCUGCGAGCCAGAACCCUGGGCUGCAGGGGGCUUUUCCUGAAGCAGCCUGUCAGUGUCACUGCAAACACAUGGGGAGGUGGAUGCACAGCCUUGAAAAUGACGAACUCGAAGUGGAGAGACCCAAGGGUGGUUACCCAGACCUGUAUGAAAGCAGAACUAAUAAUAUCACAGUGGAGGCCGAGCCCACUGCUCUUCCACCAGAGCCAUUUCAAGUGAAGCAUGAACUUCUGCAAGAAACUUGGAAAGAAAGUGCAGAGGGGAAAAAAGGUUUCCCCACCUAUCCCGAAGGAAGUGAGCCCAAGUCAGAAGACACGGAUUUUGAGAGUAAAGAUGAUUAUGAUAGAGACGGAAACUGCCGUAGUCAAGAUUAUCCAGGGAAAUACUCCGAAGAGGAGAGCAAGAGCUCGACCUCGGGCAUUGCAGGGGACAUAGGGGACGAUCUCCAGGAGACGCGGGCUCCCACCAUUGCUCAGCUGCUCCAGGAGAAAACCCUCUAUUCCUUCUCCGAGUGGCCAAAGGAUCGAGUGAUAAUCAACCGCCUAGAUAGUAUCUGCCACGUAGUGUUAAAGGGGAAGUGGCCCUCCGGCCAGCAGUAUGAGACCUCGGGCCCACUGCCCACCCCCGUGUUAACCAGCAGGGCCGGUCCUCGAAGCAGCCUCGCGGAGCCGGAAGCAGCAGAACACAGCUUCAGCAACGGUGCAGCACUGGUGGCCCAGAUCCAGAAGGAGAGCUUCCUGGCUCCAGUAUUCACAAAGGAUGAUCAAAAGCACAGACGUCCUUUCGAGUUUGAAGUGGAGAGGGAUACAAAGGCUCGGAGCCUGGAACAGUUCUCUGCCACCCAUGGGCAUCCCCCCGUUGUCCUCAAUGGCUGGCAUGGGGAGUCAGCCAUAGACCUCUCCUGCACAUCAGAGGGGUCCCCAGGAGCUACACCCCCCUUCCCAGUGAGUGCCAGCACCCCUAAGAUUGGGGCUAUCGGUUCACUUCAAGGAGCCCUUGGCAUGGACUUGUCUGGGAUUCUACAAGCUGGCCUGAUCCAUCCAGUGACGGGACAGAUCGUCAAUGGGAGCCUUAGAAGAGAUGACACUGCCACAAGGAGGCGGAGAGGGAGGCGGAAACAUGUGGAAGGCGGGAUGGACCUCAUCUUUUUGAAGGAGCAAACACUUCAGGCAGGAAUCUUGGAAGUUCAUGAAGACCCAGGGCAGGCUCCCCUGAGCACCCCACACCCUGAAGGGCCAGUGCCUGCCUCUUCUGCCCCCGAACCGACCCCAGCAGUCAGCGGCCAGGCUGAGAAAGCCAUUUCCAGCAAGAGUCUGCUUGACUGGCUGCGGCAGCAAGCUGACUGCUCCUUAGAUGUUCCUGGCUUUGGAGCAAAUUUUUCAGACAAACCCAAGCAGAGGAGGCCACGCUGUAAGGAACCUGGAAAGUUAGACAUCAACUCCCUGAGUGGGGAAGAGAGGGUUCCUGCAGUAACCAAGGAUCCCGGACUGAGGGGGUUCCUCCCAGAAAACAAGUUCAAUCACACCCUGACUGAACCUGUCCUUCGAGAUGCAGGCCCCCGCAGGAGGGGGAGGCGGCCUCGGAGCGAGCUCCUGAAGACUCCCGCCAUCGUGGCGGACUCUCCCUCGGGAAUGGGGCCACUGUUCAUGAACGGACUGGUUGCUGGGAUGGACCUGGUAGGACUUCAGAACAUGAGAAAUGUGCCGGGCAUCCCCCUCACAGGCCUGGUGGGGUUCCCGGCCGGCUUUGCCACGAUGCCCACGGGCGAGGAGGUGAAAAGCACCUUGAGCAUGCUGCCCAUGCUCCUGCCAGGGAUGGCCGCCGUGCCCCAGAUGUUUGGUGUUGGGGGGCUGCUUAGUGCUCCCAUGGCCACUGGCUGCACUUCGACUGCCCCAUCGCCUCUGUCAAGCACAACAAAAAGCGGUGCGUCAGCGACCGAAAAGGCUGCAGAAGACAAGUCAAGUAGCCAUGAUGUGAACACGGACACAUUAACCCAAGACAGGCCUGGUCCGGGUCCGUUUUCGGACCGGUCUGAACCUGCAGUAACUACGAGUAGUCCUGUGGCUUUUAACCCCUUUCUCAUCCCAGGAGUGUCUCCUGGACUCAUUUACCCGUCCAUGUUUCUCUCCCCUGGCAUGGGCAUGGCUCUGCCAGCUGUGCAGCAGGCCAGACACUCUGAAGUCAUAGGUCUAGAGAGCCAGAAGAGGAAGAAGAAGAAAACGAAAGGGGACAAUCCAAACCCCGCCCCCGAGCCUGCUCCCGCGGCCGGAAGGAGGCCAGGCAGUGAGCAGGGCCACCCUGAAUCCAGGGCGCCUGGGCCCCCAGACAGAGAACAUGCUGCCCAGGCCAGGGAAGGGGGCCUCAAAGACUCUACCAGUGACACCAAUUAGAACUUUUUCAUUUAAGAAAUGAUUGUGACUUGUAAGUUUCUUAUCCCAUAAAGGUUUGUUACUUCCCUCACUUCACCUUCAUAAGAACCUGUUUCCAUAAGUGAUAUCACCUGCCUAAUUUCCUGUCUGGGAACCAUGGGCAUCAGAUGUUCAUAGUGGCAGGGUCUUGCCACUUCAUUAGGUAAGUGUCGUCGACCUAGUGUAGGAGGCACAGAACUGAAUUCCCAUUCUGUUACCCAGUCCAUUCCAGCAGUUGUAGUUAAUACAGUACUUGGUGACAUGCCCUACCCCCUUCUCUUCCAAGUUUCCCACUUAUUUGAGGAGGAAAAGUGGCAAAAGAAAGCUGUCUAGGGGUUUACCAUUGAAGGGCUGAAGAGCGGAGACAAAGAGUGGCCCUUUUUUCCAUGAGCUGUGUUGAAUGGGAAGAAUGUACUGGGGGAACCAAAAGCACAGAGAAAGGAAGUGCCGGUGCGUAUCUUUUAGUUAACACAUUUCCCUAUUUUAUCAUGAUUACUAAAUGAGUAGCAUAGACAGAAGUAUAUAACUGACGGUUGAAAAUGCAUAUAUUAAUUUCUUUAUAAAACACAAACCUUACUGGUAGGAACAUGACCUCCCCCUUCAUGGUUUUGCAGACGCCUGCAGCAAAAAGAAACACCCAUAUGUAUUCUCCCACUCCCGAGUUAAAAGAGUGUUCUCAGUAUGAGAAAGCUCUCCACAGCUUGAGUCGCUGCCAGCGGCCAGGGUGGGCGAGGCGCUCACCCUCGUGGCCUGCACGCCGCACACAAGCACACGACUGACACUCCUGCCCACCUCCCUCUCUCCAUGGGUUUCCAGUGUGUGCUUUUCCUCACCAAGAAUAGGGCUCUUUGUGGAGCUUGUGAGAAAAAUCACUCAGUAGUCAGUUAUUUGAGGUUGUCAAAACACGCGUACCACCAUUCAUAAUACGACUGUGAAAGGUUUUUUCUUCUCUCCAUUUUUUCUCUGUUCAGCUUAUGUUUUACAGUUGGACCCAGAUUCUACACCAUCAUGUUAGUUUGAAAUGGUUGCACAUUAUUGUUUUCCUCCUCCUCAGCCUUCCAAGCUGGGAAGAACCUGCCUGAGCAGCCCGGUCCCCAUUUUCUUUGUCCUUCCCACUUGUGUUCCAUCCUUUCCAGUGGUCUUGUUCUUUACCGACAGUUCACACUCACACUUGAAGUAAGCUCAUGGUUCAGGACGCGGGGGGCAGAGGGCUGUGCAGGACCGUUGGAAAUGUCGGAAGUGUUCUAGUACCAGUUCCACUUUUUGUCGUCACAAUUUACUGUAUUUUUUACUUUUUCUGUUACAGUUUUGCUAAUUUAUCAGAAGGUCCAAAAGUUUGACAUAACUAUUUCAGUUUGCAUUAUUUAUUUAUGAUGCUUUUGUCAUUGUCUUUUAUACAUUUGGGAUUAUAAAUUAUGUAAAUGUUAAAAUGAGCAUCUCAAAGAAGUCUGUUAAAAAUCGUGACCGGAGAAAUCAAUCCAGAUGUAUUUUCGAAAAGUGGAGUCCCAGUUGUAUGAAUUAAAAGAUAUAAAUCAGAAAUUCUAUAACUGAUCAUACCAGAAGAAUCCAGUAGUUGAACGAAUCUUAUUUAAGGACAUCUUUGUAGCAUAGAUGGUCUGUAAUGCUGACAACAGAUUUCUUAGAAAUGCUGCUCUCUAUUUAACUAACAUUUUGUUCAGUUUUGCCUCCAGUGGAAGCAGAAAGGGUUUUUUCAGCUGUUAAAUCCUAAAAAUCAAUAUAAUUUAUUUAUGUAAAAAAAAAAUCACUCAAUCGAUAUAUUUUUGAACCUUUUAAGUACUAAUUUUCUUUUUAUCAAGUAGAAAAAAAAUGUAUUUGCCCUAAAUCCUUAAAAUACAAAUGCUAUAAAAGUUCAUGUAUCUUGAAAGCCUUACUGCACAUGAGUAUUAUAGACAUCCAGCAGAGCCUGGGU